AAAACAGAGUUUUAGAAACGUUCAUGGAGUUCACUUUGUGAUGAAGAUGUAUCUCACCACGUUCUUCGUCCUUUUGGUGACGGCACUGACUGUAAACAGCGAGAUUCACUCCCUCACGUACAUCUACACCGGCUUCUCCAAACCUGUUGGAAUUCCAGGCAUCCAUCAGUUCACGGCGAUGGGUCAGCUGGACGGCAGGAUGAUCGACUACUAUGACAGUGAUAUCCAGAGAAAAGUUCCCAAGCAGGACUGGAUGAAAGAGCAACUUCCUGCAGACUACUGGGAGAAAGGCACACAGUCCCGCCAAAGCAAGCAGCAGUGGUUCAAUGACAGCAUCGACAUCCUGAAGGAUCGAAUGAAUCAGACCAACGAUGAUCUCCAUGUUCUUCAGUGGAUGGUCGGCUGUGAGGGUGAAACAUGGCCUGAUGGUACAUUAAAGUUUGUCCGUGGCGUGGACAUGUACAACUACGACGGACAAGACUUCCUGUCCUUUGAUGACGCCAACUCGGUCUGGGUUGCUGCCACUGAUAUAGCAGUCCCAACAAAGAGAAAGUGGGAUGAUGACCAGCGCCUAAAAGAAAUGACCAAAGGCUACCUGGAGAUAGAGUGUAUAGAUUGGUUGGACAGGUUCAUAGUAUACAGGAAAAAACUGCUGAUAGUUGCCUCUCCACCAGAUGUGCAUGUGUUUGCUAAGAACAAAGGGUCAAACCUCAUGUUGACCUGCGUGGCCACAGGUUUCUACCCAAAAGACAUCAUCCUUAACAUCAGAAGGAACGGCCGCACUGUGACUAAAGAGGAAGGGUUGAUCUCCUCAGGCGUUCGACCAAAUGGAGACGAAACCUUCCAGAGAAGAGACAGUGUGGAGAUUUUAAAGAGUGACAAUGCUUCAUUCACAUGUGAAGUCCUUCACAAGGCAUCCAAUAUGUCUGUUGACAAGCCUUGGGGUAAGAAACUUUCUUAUUUCAGAAACAAUGGAGGCAUUAAUGUUGGGGAGAUUGUAGUCCAGCUCGUUGUCAUACUCGUACUCGUGGCUGUAGCUGUAGUGCAGGUGGUUUUGAAGAAAAGAGGGAUAUUUGCAUAUUUAAAGAUGCAGCAGAGGAGUGAACAGGUGGGUGUAGGGGUUGGGGGAGGUACGGAGACAUCGAUGAGGACAGAUUAA